GUCUGUCAAUAGAUCGCAGCCGUGAAGGUAACAAGUGGAUAACUAUGAGAGUUAACAAGGCACGAAACUACAUUUUGCUCCUCCUUCAUUACUUUCUGACCCAAACAGAAGCGCAAAUCCAAUCCUUUUCUUGGAAAAAGACAGGUCCAGGGAAGCGCAUCACGACAACCGGUGCUGUCCUGUUCACAUUUCAUCAUUACCCGGUUGUGCUCUGUUCCGUGAGAUGCUCCGACGUUCCCGAAUGCCUCUCCUUUAAUUAUGGAGGUCUCUCUGAUACGUGUGAAUUGCUCAACACAACGCCCAUCACGUCAGGACUUUCAUCUGUGUCAGAACAGAGUGGCUGGGACAUUUUUACUUACACAGUGCCAAAAAAGUGUCCCCAAGGUGGUGUUCCGGUAACUUAUGACAUUCCCCGAAACCAACUAGGACCAACUGUCGAGGGAUACACCUGUAGCGCAAAUGCCUGGAUUCUGCAACAGCUUCAGAUGGGAAAGACAGGCUGUCAUAUGGUUUUGCAUGAGGGGAAGGACGCCGGGCAGAACGAUGCUCCUAACUACAAAGCAGUCUCCAAUCCUUUCCACGAAGCUUUCCGAAACUGCUUCAGCAAUGGUUGCUCGGCUGUAGUCUGCAAUGGAGCCAUGAAUUUGUGCUGGCUGAAAAUAAAAACAGUAGAAGAAACGGGACAGAGUUUGGUGAGCAAGAGCGACAGAAAUUACUGGAAAACUGUCUGUCAGUAAAAGCCACAGCAGACUUCCCUGGUUGAGGAGGCAGUUAACUUGCAAUACCAUUCUGUUGCUUUACAGUUAGAAUUUCUUCGAAGUGAGGCGCAAUUUACUAAUCAUAUACACGUAAAUUAAUACUGAGAAUUAAUUAAUUAGUAUAUCUGUACACUGCAAAACUCCAGUAAUAUAACGUUGAUGACAAGCUUAUUCGAAGAUGAUUCUUGAUACUUUCUCUGUGCAGUAAUAUGAAUUAAUCUUGUGCACUGCGAUAUGUAUGAAAGUGAAACGUGCACAGGACACCCAGCCAGCACUACAACUUCAAAUCACUUCGAAGUACUAAAAAUUGCCUGUGGAACAUCACUCCUUUUACUUUCCGCUUUUCACUCUUCAUCUGUUCUGUGUAAAGGUAUACUAUAAGUAUAUAAUUGUAUUUCUGACAAUAUUUAACUGAGGCAUUUACACGUGUCAGGUUUUGUGUUAUAAAUUUUGAUUCCGAAAAUCAAUAGAUAGUUGUAAUAUGAGCAGUCAUAAAGUAGGUGCGAGUAUCAAAAGUGGUUAUGGUAUUUAACCAUUUUGUCUCCUUUCUUCCUUUCUUCCUUUCUUUCCUUUCUUCCUAUACCUUCUUUACUUCCAUUUUCAUCUCUCUAGAGGACACCUGCAGAUGAGAAUACAGAACCUGCAGUUACUAAUAACUAUCACUGACAUCACUGUUUGAGGGAAAACUAUUUUCCAUGAAAACUGAAUUUAACAGCAUUUGCUAUAAUGGACAGCAUCUCCCUUGCUUUUACUGGUUGAAAUUUAUUUUCUAUUGAAAUAGUUACUUUUCUGUUCCAAUACUGACUCUCAGCUUUGACCCUUGAACUGAAUCAGAAAAAUGUUAAAGUUAUUUCCCCCCUAAUAUCAAUGUUGAUUGUGGCUUUGUUGGUGUCACUACUUCCUUGAUAAACAAUUAGAAAGAGUUCAACCGUGCAAGUGAAUAGGAAAUUUUUCAUAAAUAAAAUUGUAAAUAAUUGCACUUAAUCCACGAUAAUUGUACAAGUAAAAGUCUGCUUCACACCCUUGAGUAGCCACAAUGCUCAACAUGACAUCGAUAGAAAUGCUUUUUCGAUUUACUUGGAUUUAGCAAUUCAGGAAAUAAACCCAUGCAAGUCAGAGCAUAAGUAUUUUACCAUAAAUUUUUUCUAAAAAACAAAAAAAAA